ACUAGUGUUGAGUGUGCUGUUCAGGGUUUAGCGAGAGAGUCCUUCGUUUCAAGUUUCAACCUUUGGCAUCUGCAAAUUGAAAUUCGGAAAGCUUAAUCGGAUAAAUCCAGCAGCUUUUGGAUCGCAAGCUGUUCUGCUGAUGCUUUGCUGAAAUGGGUUUCGGUGCAAUUAGAUCGAUUUUUCGACCAUUGUCGAGGACCCUAGUUUCGCGUGCCGCCGCAAGCUGCUCGUCUGCGCCAUUCCCUGCGACGAUUCCGGCCGCGAAGCCGGAGUUAUGCUCCUUCUUCGGUGGAUCGAGGCAUUUGAAGCUGCCGUGGAUUCCUGUGGCUAAUCAUUUUCACAGCUUAAGCUUAACUGAUACUCGGCUUCCGAAGAGACGGCCCAUGACUCAUCCCAAGAGGAAAAGAUCCAAAUUGAAACCUCCAGGGCCGUAUGCAUAUGUUCAGUAUACCCCUGGCGAGCCAAUUUCUCCAAACAAUCCUAACAAGGGCAGUGUGAAGAGAAGGAAUGCGAAGAAGCGUAUAGGGCAGCGACGUGCCUUUAUACUGUCUGAGAAAAAGAAGAGGCAAGCACUAGUGCAAGAGGCGAAGAGGAAGAAGAGAAUCAAGCAAGUGGAACGUAAAAUGGCGGCUGUCGCAAGGGACCGGGCAUGGAAAGAAAGACUGGCUGAGCUUAAGCAGCUCGAGGAAGAGAAGAAUAAAUCAAUGUCUUCUUGAAAUUGCUUUCAUUCCAACCAAACAUAGAAUAAUCCUGAUAUGACAAUCUCUGUUUUCUCUUGUCUUGAGUUAGGUUUGCUCCUUUUUUGUUGUGUUCUCUCUCUGAAGAGUUCACUCUCCCUUGUCGUCGUACAAACUUUGUCGGAAGAACCAGAGUUACUUGCCGUUUCUGGUCUUUUAUAUUCAGUCAUGAGUUUCUCGUUU